GAGCUCGCGAAUUGAAACUGAAACUAUUCCUCGCUGUGUCGUAGCCAUGGAGUCGUGUUUGAACUUGUAAUUAAACAAGUAACGAUUAUUACUUUAGUGGGACUCAUUCCUUUUUUUUACGAAUGAAUUUGAAACACUGACGGAAGAAUCAAGUUGUCUUUAUGAGUAAUUUUGGAUCAUUUUAAUCUCUGUCGGCUUCUAGCGCUUUACUGAAGACAUGUGAUGCUCUUGUAGUUUUUCUACUUCAAGUGAUUCGAAUACUUUCCUUGCUGUAGGAAAGAUAAUUUGCUGUUUAUAUAACACGAAGGUAAUUAAGUAUGAAUUCAAGAGACAUAGGUAAUGAAAAUGAAGAUGAAUUUCCUAAGAUGUCAAACUCCUCGCCGGAAAUGGGAAAUGGUACACGGACAAUGUUUUACCAACAUUACCCUAGGCAUCGCGGUCAUGUGAGGGAAUUCGUUGGUGGUUAUGAGUCAGAAAGUAACUUCAGCUACCAGGCUACAAGUAGUCAAAGACGUGCAGGACAGGGUCGUAGGAGAAAUUGGAACAGGAGGGGCCGGGGAGCCAGCAGGAAUAAUGCUUAUAGAGGCAAUCAUCAUUAUAAUUUAAGAGAAAAUGACGGACUUUACGCUCCUUAUCAGCAAGAAUGUGAUAAUGAAAGCAGUGCUUCAUCUAAAAGUUUUCACUCCGCUAGCUCUGGAGAGACAUCGGGCUCUGAUCUCUGUUCAAAGCCGGGAAAUGUUCGAGCACAUUUAGAAAAUGUCAACGUCUUCCCCAACUCGGAAGAUAAUAGUUUUAGGUGUGAUGAAAAAAACGUUCCGUGCAUUCCUCCUGCUAUGCAAAAUGAAAUGUCAUUUGGUGCAAUGGCGAGUGAUUCGAAGUCGAGGUUAUAUGACGUGCAACAUGCAAAAAACUAUUAUGAAAAUACUUUGAAAAAUCUAAAUCUGUCAGACGUGAUAAUGGACUACAGAAAACAAAUCGAUGAGAUUGCAUCAAAGCAUAUACAACAGCAUUUGAAAGGAAUUGAUAAAAUGGCCAAUUCGAUGAAGACGCAAAAACGCUACGUGGAUGUCCUCAGGGGCCAUUUGAACAACUUGAAAACGCAACAGGAGCAGUUUGAGCAGUAUGUUACCGUAACGAAAGUGCAGUUUUCCUCCAUCUAUGGGAGCAAAAGUGAGAUUCCAGAUGUAAUCAAGAUUGCUAACACUAUUCGACAUGAUUUCCUGACGGAAUGUAAGUUGUUCAAACGAAUUCUUCCUGGUUAUGCUCUGAAAUCGGAAGUAUUAAAUCUUGUAGGAGGAAAUCAAGUAUCUAUUAUUUGUGCUGAUAAUUCUUACUUCUUGAACAUUAUCAUACCUUUAAUCAUAAAAAACAAGUUUACUGACAGUAUUAUUUCUUGUGAAACUAACAAACUCUUGACUAAUGUUUUAAGAAGGAAUUAUUCCAGCGUGUCUAAUACAGGAAUUGACGACCCAAUGUCUAAACAGGUCAAUAUAUUUUUCCUUACUGAAGAAGAGUUACUGAAUGAUUUGUCGAAUGAUAAUAUCGAGCUUGGUAACAGCUUUAUUGCUAUAUUCAACAUGAGCCUGAAGAGAUCCAUUAUUGCGGACAUUUUAAUGGCCAAAAUGCUUGAUUUGCUGAUAAGUAACAAACAUGCUAAGCUCGUCUUACUCUUAUCGGAGUAUGAUGAUGCUUUGAAAUAUCAAGAAUAUUUUUCAGACCUGGAAGUUUCAACAUUUGCUGCUCCUAAACUGAUACUUCCUGUGAAAACUGUUUGGAAAUCUAUUUCAUUAUCUCCUAACGAUAAUUACAAGACGUAUGUUGUUAAUACGGUCAUGUCCAUUCAUACAUUGAAUGAACCAGGUGAUGUGAUCGUUUUCCUCCCAUCGUUGGCCGACUGUAGAACUGUAUCCAUUGACUUGAACAAAAGAAUUGUUGAUCUGGAGCAUAAUAAUAUUGAAUGCAUUCUCCUGCAUGAAAACAGCCCAGAGAAGGAGUGUUUGGACAUGUCGUUCAAAAAGUCGGUCCCCAAGCGAAGUAUCUUCCUCGCAACGAGUUGUGCAGAAAUGCUCGUGAUUACAUCGGUGCGAUUCGUUGUUGAUAGUGGUUUAAGAAAAGACUACUUCUUUGAUCACCAUAAAAAUCUCGACAUUCUCAGUACAACUUUUAUUUCUCAUGCCGCUUGCCUGCUGAGGAGAGAUAUGGCAGGAAUCUUCGCUCCCGGCGUUUGCUAUCGAAUAUACAGCAAAGAUAAUUACCUAGAAGAGAUGUAUCAUAUGGAAUACCCAGAAAUUCUGUCGGUUAAUCCCUUCAAUACCAUUAUAAAAGUGUUUCAGUACAAUCCAGAUACGGCCACAUCCGUGGAUUUCAUCGAGCCCAUCCCGGAAGAGAUCAAGAAAUCCACCAUGGACGCUUUGAAAAAAUAUAAUGCCAUUAAAAAUGGCUUACUGACAACACUGGGGAAGCAGAUCGUCAAGCUGCCGUUUCCGCCGAAAUAUUCGAAAUUUAUCUUGCUUGGUAUCGAAUGGGGUUAUGCAUACGAAGCUAUUGUCCUGGUUGCAUUUUUCUCCGUGAAGGGCAGAGUCUUUAGGUAUUCUGACAAUGAGGAUGUUCAGCGAGAGAUUGAUGCUGCAAAAUUGCAGUUUUUUCAAGAGGAAAGUGACACCUUGUCUUAUUUGUACAUCUUUAAGAAGUGGAUGGAAAAUGGCCGUAGCUUGCCUUGGUGUGAAGACCACUUCAUCAACGCCGAUGCCAUGAAUAACGUCUUUGCGAAAGUGGAUGAGAUUUGUAAGAUAACAGAAACCAAUUUGAAUGAAAGUAUUAUGGAGGAAUUUUCCCCCGGGAAUUGUACAUCCAGCAUAAAAGAAAUGCUUUUUGAAUGUUUCAAGGACAAUUUAUGCGUGUACACAGGACAUUACAAAAGUGGUUAUCGUGUGUUGUCGUCACGCAGCAUAGCAUUUCUACACCCUUCAUCGAUGAUAUGCCAGAAAGAGAACUUGCCCAAGUACAUUUUGUAUGAUCACAUGGUUGCCACGAGUCGGGAAUUUUUAGUUGAUGUUACGAGUGUCGAUCAAAGCAACAUUCUGACUGCGGUUGAAAAUGGUUUGAUAGAUUUUGAUUACAGUGACAUGUUUGAAAAGGAUUUAGUCCAAAAAAUCAUAGAACCGGUCGGCGAAAGAGUCAUCAAACAGAUAUUGCUCGGUAAAAAAGGUCAGAGGUUGAAGGAAAUAGAGAAAGAUAUAAAAUCCGAAAUCGGUUCCGAACUGGUCAUCGUCGAACCAUCUGCUGAGAAAGGGAGUGUUUCAGUGUAUGCUUUGCCUAGUCUUGUUGAUGCUGUGGUCGAUAAAGUUAAUAAAAUUCUGAGCACUAGUUUUAAUGAAUUUUCAAAUAUUCAGUACACAAAUACUCUCAUGUUAAAGAAAGGUGAAAGAAAAUUGCCCGUUGAAAUAUCUUGGACAAAAGGGGCCAUGACUACAGACCUAAAAUUUGGAUCACCUAACUCUUCUGGUGGUGUCAUUCAUAACAAUUUGAGUGCGGAUGCGUCAGAAAGCGAGUACAGUUCUGCUAUUCAGCAUUGCAUAAAUUUGACUUGGACCAGGCGAGCUUGCAAUGGGAGGGGUUUUGUUACUUUCUCCAACCACAACGACUUCAUGAUUGUUAGGAAACUUGCAAUGACAAAUCUUCACAUUUUGGACUGCGAUGCUUUUGUUCAAGUCAGUAGAAACACCCUCAAUCAACUGUAUAUUUCUGAACUUCCCCCGGAAACUAAAGUUUCAGACGUGGAAAUGGCUCUUAAAGAAAAUUUGCUCUUGAAGAAAUUGCCCAACAUCGUUCCAGAAAACAUCGAGUUGAAAUUUGUGCCCUCGUUUGAAACAACAGAUGACAAACUGGACGAAAUUAAAGCAUUAAUUGAGGGAGACUGCGAAGAAUUCACGAGUCUCGUAGAUUUUGAUGUCGUCGUCCCAUCGCCGAAACCAUCGGCAACGGUGAUGAAAGCAUACAUUAAUGUCAACGAUGAUACUGCACUGGAAGUAGCUGCUGAAAGUCUUUGCAAUACUAUGCUGGAUGGCUUCAAAGUUUCGGCAAUACCGGUUUAUCGCUCGGUGAUCAAAUGCACUGCGGAUGUUUGUAAAGCAUUGAAAAUUCGCUUCCAGGAGGUACUUCCUAAACUUGAAGAUGAACUGAGACUCAAAUAUGACCUUUCUGAGCUUUUCACUUUUAGCAUCAAGCUCAUUGGAGAAGACACGGCUACCAUCAAACUGUUAUCGAAUCAUAGCGAGAUCAUCAAAGUUCUGCAAAGAACAGUUAAUGAUCUUUUAGAAGGUGAUGUACUGAAUAGAAACAACAUAAGAGAUAUUCAUAAAUUAUUUUGCCACGGUGGCCACCUGUGGUUGAGGACGCUCGAAAAAAUCGACAACAUCUUGAUCCUCGAAGAUUACAAGUCUAAACUAAUCAGGCUAUACGGAUUGCAAAUUAAUUGUAACUAUGCCAAGAAGAGGAUCAUUCAAUUUUUGGAAGAUACCGAAAAGGAAUCUGUGAAAACCAUUGUGAUUGAAAAAAAUGACAGGAAACUGCUAAAAGACAUCAUUCGGAAUUACGGUGCAAAUCUCGAAAAGUUUAUAGAAUUGUGUGGUUUGCGAUCUGCCAUUUUGGAUAUUAAAUCUUGCCAUAUUAAAUUGCAUGGUAGCAGGGACAGUAUAGAAAAGGCUGAAGAUGUCAUCCGUGACUUAUCGAAAAGCAUCGACCCCAAUAGAGCCAAUGACUUGCUGUGCUCUAGUGAAAUGUGCCCCGUGUGUGAUUGCCCCGCCCUCAAUUUGACCUCUCGCUUGGAGCACUGUGGUCACUUGUAUUGCUCUGAAUGUAUACAAGGGUUGAUUGAGCAAGCAAAUUUCCCUCUCCAGUGUUGUGCCGAAGAAUGUUUUAAAGAAAUCUUUCUUGAUGAUGUGAUUAAGAUCCUCGGGGAGGACACGGAUAAAUUGAAGGCACUUCUGGAUAAAUCUAUGAAACAUUACUUGGAAACUCACCACGCAGAAAUCAUUUAUUGCCCUGCUCCCGACUGUACAAUGUUUUUCUUCAAGGAGGAAGUUUAUAACAAAAAAUGGAACUGCUCGCUCUGCCAGAAUGAUAUAUGUAUCGACUGUAAUGUUGUAUACCACCAAGGAUAUACGUGUGAUAUGUUUCAAGGCUCAAAAAGUGAUCCUGAUUAUUCAUUUAAGGCUUGGAAGAAAACUACAAAUCUGUGUAAAGAAUGCCCCAAGUGCAAAAGUGCAAUUGAGAAAAACGAAGGCUGUGAUCACAUGACGUGUAUCUUGUGUCAAGCUCACUUCUGUUGGGUGUGCACUAAAGAAUUCCCCACCAAAGAGGAAGUUUAUAACCACAUACCGUUUUGUGCACAGCAUCCCCGCUGGUAAAAACUAACCAGUUUUUCAUUACUCAUUUUUUGUACUGCUGAAAGUGACUUGUUGAUUUUUUCUUAUUCAUGGCAUUUCUGUACCUUGGAGCCAGACUAACAUAAGUCCAAAAAUGGCGAUUUACAGGAUGUUACUUCUUUGCGCAUGUAAAAUCUUAUUCCACAUUAAGCCAGAAUGUAGUUCCAUAUAAAAAAAAAUAAUCCCUUAUAAUUAGUGUCCCCCUCCCCCCUUCAUGCAUUUUUAGGAGAGUACUGCCUCACCUCCUGCCCUCUUUUUUUUUGUAACUCUCAAUGUUGCCCUCAUUUCCUUUUUGAAGUUUUAACAAAACUUCAUCCAUAAAAAAAAAAAAAAAACGCAUGGCUUUGAAACAUGACUCUUAAUGUUUCCCUUAUCCACUAGAAUUUUAUUUGAAUUGAAAAUCUGAGUUUUCUCUCUUUUUCAGUUUUUUAAACCAAACAUUAAAAAGCUUUUUAUUUUUAUUAAAAAAUAAUUAUUAUUGAAAAAUA